AACUCAGUCUCUUUCUGAGAUUACUAGCUACAACCUACUAAAUAACCUUUGAGUGGUGUUAGUUCGUGUUAUUCAAGGGGCACUUGUGGUUCCUUUAAAAUUUGCAAUGUUAAUAUUCAGAAAGGAAAAGAGACAAAAAAGAAAAAGAAGAAGAUGUCCAAGACAGACACGCUCCCAGCAGAGCGAAAGAACAAGAAAGAGAUGGAGUUUGAGCUUAAGCUGGCAAAGGAGAAGGAAGAGAUACUUGAGCGAGAGAAACAGAUGAAAAUCAGUCGGCUCUUGCAAGAGGUAUCUGAGACAGAGCGAGAGGAUCUGGAGGAAUCUGAGAAGGUACAGCACUGGGUGGAGAAGCUCUGCCAGACUCGACUGGAGCAGAUCUCUUCAGUGGAGAAUGAUUCUUCUGAGAUGUCUCCGUCUCGCUCUCCCAUGUCCACUGGGCCAACUGUGAGAAGGUUUCCUGGAGGUCUACAGUUGGCCACAACCGACCUAGAUGACAUCAAUCUGGAUGAGGUGGAUGAGAGUCUGAGAAAGCCCUUGAAAAGACUAGCUCCAACUCCGCCCACAUCCAAUCACCCGCCACCACCUUUACCUCUUCCUCCACCCUCGCCUCGCCUCCACCAACCCUCCACUCACCCCUCUCCAUCCCCGAGACCCUCCCUGACUCCGUCGCGCCCUGCUCCUUCCUCCCCAAGACCAGCUCCUCAGCGUCCACCUUCUCCACUCACUUCCAGGGUGCUCCCUUCUUCAGUCAGCCGUGGAAAGCCCCCCAUGCCUUCUUCUAGAAUUCACUCUCAAGCCUCCUGGGCUCCAUCUUCCUCUCACCCUCCCCCUCCUCCUCCUCCACCUCCACCUCCUCCCCCACCACCUCCUCCACCUCCCCCUCCUCCUCAGCAUGAAGAUGACAAGUACCACACCAUGCCACCCAGCUACCGCCGUCCCUCUGAACAUGGAAGCGAAUGGGAAAGCAAUGGCUACAUGCAACGAGGAGGCUUUCAUAUGAAUGGCCAUAGUGAGCCCACCUAUCCUGGCAGUGCAAAGGUUAUGAGAAACACUUCUCAUGCUAGCAGAAUAUCAACCUCCAGCAAUCCACUGCAAAUAGCUCCCAGCCCUCCUAACCAGAGAAGACAGGUCAACCCUGUUAUGUCAAAACCAGUCAUGCUGCCCCAUUCUCAGGCCUCACACAGACCUGUAUUACGACCCGAACCCACGUCUCCACAGAUGCUUAAACGGAUGGUGGUGUACAACACAUCCUUUAAGACCAACAAGAAACAAGGAUUCCAGAAAUAUGUGGAUGACUUUGAUCCCUACUCCAUGUUCACCCCUGAGCAAAUAGCUGGAAGAGAUGUGCGGCUGCUGAGAAUUAAGAAGAAUGGCCAGCUGGACCUAGCUGUGGAAGGAGGGAUAGACUCUCCACUGGGAAAGCUUGUGGUUUCAGCCGUUUAUGAAGGAGGCUCAGCUGACAAGCAUGGUGGGGUGGUGGCAGGUGAUGAGAUCAUGGCAGUUAAUGGAAAGAUUCUGACUGAUGUGACCCUGACUGAAGGGCAGAAUGCUUUAACUCGAGCCUGGAACAGUGGAGGGGAUUGGAUUGACCUGGUGAUAGCAGUAUCUCCACCAAAGGAAUAUGAAGAUGAAGUCCCUAAAGCAGCAUCAGUCAGUUCCACUGCAAACAGAAAGGUUUUCCAGGGCAGUGCCUCAGUGUACAGGCAGGGCUAUGUGCUACAGAUGAAAGCCCCUGGCCCUCCGCCCUGAUCAACUACGUCUCCUGGGUAACCCCUGUGAACUUCUGACCCCCCAUACAAACUAGACUGAUUGUAUGUAUCAUGUACAUGUGAUAGUCUCUGUGUCCAUUCAGAAGCUUACCUGUGCUGUCCAAGAUAUUUUCAACCAGAGAGUCAAUCAUAUUGAUACAUAUUGUUUUUCGUUUUUUCCACUGAAUAUUCAAAAAUGAUACUGCUCUAGUUCUGGUUCAGUUUUGACCCAUUGAGAGACAACUGGAAGAAAAAAAACAGUUAACAAUUUUUGAUAAUUUAAUAUCAGUAAUUAGCUUAUUAGCUAUCUUGUUUAAUGAUAUAUUACAUUAAUCUGUGCUCACACACUCACAAAAAGGUGUACAUGUACACAUAGGUGUAGAAUCAAACAAAUUCUGUUUUUAAGUAUUAACGUAUGAGCAAAAAUACUUGUUCUGUGCAUAAAUGCUAAUAGCAGCACCUUAGCAAACUCUUUGCAAAGUAAUAAUUAUAAAAAUAGCCCUCAGACAUCAACAUAUAAUUUACAUUUUCAUACCAUCUUCACCUCAAAGAGUAAAGAAUUUGCUAAACUGUUGUUUCAAAUGUAAGUUUUACAAAUACUUUUAAGAGUGCCGUUGGGUCCUGAUGGUGCUAAUCUUGAGCAGGUACCAAAAAACGUAAAACUACAACCCUCAGUGCUGGAUUGAUGGUCCAUUUCCUGGUGCCAAAAGUUCUGGUAUGUUGUGCAGUGGAAAAAUACCUACUGUGACACGUUACAGUAUGUUCAAAUAUAUUGUGAAUGUAAUGGUGUUAAAGGUUGGACUGCUUUGUUUUGACCAAAAUUUGGUUGGAGGACAUGAACUGGAACAUUGGUUAAGAUGCUCAGAACACAGUAAAAAGCAUUCUGAUUGGUUGGAGACUCAUUUGCAUAAUGCAGCAUUCAUAUCACUAUUGCAAAGGUCAAUAUCAUGAUGGUGAUUAAUAAUGAUGUGUUGCACAGCCCUAGUCCAUUUAUAACUUCUGUUCACUAGUACAUGAGAGAUGCUGUGAAGCAUAAAGCUCUCAUCUAAAAUGUGUCCAAAAGAUUUCCUCAAGUAGUAUUAAAAUCCUUUUGAUUUAAUCUGCAGGCAACUUAUUGGAACUGAACGCAUAGGCAUCCCAGCCAGAACCUUUGGCAGUCACUCUGAUUGAUGUUGUUCAAAGGGACUGUUACAUGUCAUGACUCAUACAGAUAGAUAUUGAUUUUGGUGGUCUGAUCUCAAGCCAUGCUGCAGCAUGUUGCUAUUACCUCUCAUCAGCACAGCAGGUGCAGGCAUGGAUGUUGAAAUCACAUUUAUUUUAGUCUUUAAAACGCACACAGACAAAUAGGCAAGAUAAAUCAACUGUAAUAUGAUGUUAAAUGAAGAACUGGUUUGAUUUAGCAACAUGCUGUGUGGCGGAUGUGUUUCUAUCAGCGUAUCUACUUUAGUCCCUCUGUGACUCUUGUGUGAAGGUGUGAGACAGAGUGAACAUGUGGCCAGUAAAUGUGAAUCUUAACUGUUCCUUAUAUCUCUUUU